AUGCCUGUCCACUUGUCGCGCAAUCUGACAGAUUUCCAGUCCAAAAUCGGUUCAGCAGACAGAAAUCGUCUUUUCGUUGUGGAUUUCUAUGCGGAUUGGUGUGGUCCGUGCCGAUUCAUAGCUCCUAUCGUCGAGCAGUUCUCCUCACGAUUUACAAAUGCCACAUUUCUGAAGGUCAACGUUGACAAUUCACCAGACAUAAGCAGGCAAUAUGGCAUCCGUGCUAUGCCAACCUUCGUUCUGAUAAAAGAAGGCAGGGAAAUGGAGCGAAUACAGGGUGCAAACCCACAAGCAUUAGAGCUAGCUAUAAAUAGACACUACUCUUCCACACCGGCUAAUCCGAAUGCCGCCACUGAUCGCGAGAAACAGUUUCUCCAACAGUUCGUUCCUUACGUUGACAAG